AUGAAGUGGCAAGAGGUCUCCCCUGGUCGCUAUGAACGCCCAUUUGACUCCAUUGAGAGUUUCUACCGUCUCAUCGCCAGUGCAGGUGCCCAUCUGAAUAAACAACACUAUUUUAUUUCCAGCACCCUUCGACUCAAAAACCUCCCCCCGCUGAAGGAUGUUCAAAAUGCGUGGAGAGCUCUUCGACAACGGUACCCGCAAAUUGCUGCCAUACCAGAUGAGACCGGCGCCCGAUUCCGCUAUACUGUACCUUCACAUACAGAGUUGGACGCAUGGGUCCAACAAUCCCUCAUUGUGGAUUACGGGAGCUCAGCAAAUGAGAAAAAUGAAGGAGAGCAACCGUCGCAUAUGUUUCUGCUCUUUUAUCUUCCUGGCACGCGGGAACUGCUUUUCCGCACUCCGCACUGGCGUAUUGACGGUAUCGGCUUGAUGGAUCUUCAAAAUGCAUUCCUGCGUAUCUUGGCAAAUAUACCCCCAUCCACUAUUUAUCUCGAUGGCUCGGAAGCAAAGUACCUCACGCCGUCUCUUGAUGGAGCCGCCGCUGUGCCACUUGAAGUGACGCCAGAAAUCACUCGAUCUACAAAUGACGAGAUAGCGGUGUAUGAACAAGGCCAGCCAUCUAUCUCGAUAGCUACCUUACCCAACGUCAUACCAACAGCUACACGACGCAUCUUUUCACGAUUCUCCCCUAAAAUCACUACCCAUAUUAUCAGUGCCUGCAAGUCGCGAGGUCUCACCGUUACAGCAGCAAUGCAUGCCGCGAUGGUGGUUGCCAUAUUACCACAUAUCCAGCAUAAUUUUGAUCCUGCAUCUCGUGGCCAAAGUGGCGGGAAAUUCACCGGGUUUAACGCUUUUGAUCUACGCAAGUAUAUUGCGCCUCCAUUCAAUGGCCCGGCAGCGGCAGUCAAUGUCUACCACACUGGUAUUCCUUUUAGUAUCGACCUAGAAUUCGACAGGAGCUUUGACUCCAUUGCUGCCAAGUUGCUGAAGCAGUACAAACGUGACCUGAGCAAAGAUGCUCCACGCAAUGUCUUCCGGUUCUUGGCUCAAUAUGUGGACAAGGUCCUCAGUGUGCUCGGGAGUCCAUUUUCUGAUCCUUUGCGUGCUCCUGCUUACCCAGAGUUGAGCUCUCUUGGCAUAAUCAAUGAUCAUAUCGCUGCUAAGCAUGAAGGUUCGGCCUCUACUGUCGAGGUAGAGGACUGGUGGGUUGCCGUCCAGAAUAUCUCUCGGCUCCUUAUACCCCAUGUAUGGACUUGGACUGGGGAGCUCGUUCUUUCUGUUGAUUGGAACGAGUCUUUCUAUGAAUAUGCGGUUGUUUCCCAGUUUCUAGAGGGAUGGAAACAAACCAUUACUGAGGAGUUGGGCGUAAAUUAG